UCGGACGUCGGCACGCACGGCGGAGAGUGGGUGCUGGUGCGACGGGACGUCGCGGCCACUACCAUCGAGGGAUACAGGGAGCACUACCUCCAGACCUACAAGCGCCAGCCGUUCGCCUCCGUGACACGGGGGGCCAUUCGCGACAUCCUGAUGUCGAUAUCUACGUUCCUCGACAUGCUUGCUGAUCCGUGGAUCAUCUUGGCUGACUGGAACUACGAGCCGCCAUGGUGGAAGGACAAGCCGUGGCUUAGCCGCUGGAAUGGUGCCAUCGUCACCGACCCUGCGUGCACCGCCACGCGCGACAAGGGCAAGGGCUCCGUCUACGACUACGCGAUCGUCAGGUCCGACAUCGCAUCCCGCAUCACCGUAGGGGCGGUCUACGAC